ACAGAGAGAAAGAAAGAGCGCACAGGCUGAUCUCUAUCUAUCACCCACAGACAUCUUUCGAUGUUGUAAUACACGGAGAAGAGGACGUGCUGAUCUUCGGCAGUGGCACAUCAAAGCAUCAUGCGCGCCGUUUUCUGAAGACGUUCAGCGAUAGGGCGCGAGGGAUGAUGCCAUAGUCCCGUGCGGAGCGCCGAUGCUGCACGAUGAGUGUAGCGCUGCAAGAUUUACGAAACAACAUGUCCAACUACAAGCGUGCAACUUUUGAAGAAGAGGAUGGGUCAGACAUCCCCACUGAUGGAGCCAUCUCUCCUGACAGUGUGGAGGUGGGCUUCCGCAAAGGUGGUGUUCAGCUGUUUGGUCCACUGGGCAGGAGGACUCAGCUGGAGGUGGUGUUGGCUGGUCUACUACUUGCUUCGCUCUUAGCAUUGUUUGGUUGUGCUAUCACACUGGUCGUCCGCUAUAACAGAGAUCCGGCUCAUAGUAUCUGCCUAACAGAGGCCUGCGUGACAGUGGCCAGUAAGAUCGUGGAAGCUUUGGACCGCUCCACCGACCCAUGUCAGGAUUUUUACCAAUACGCCUGUGGGGGCUGGGUCCGCAAAAACCCCCUGCCAGAUGGCCGGUCCCGCUGGAGCACAUUUAACAGCAUCUGGGACCAGAACCAGGCUAUUCUCAAACACCUGCUGGAGAACGGCACAUUUAAUUCAAGUAGUGAGGCAGAGAGGAAAACGCAAUCAUACUACCUUUCCUGUCUGAAUGAACAGCGAAUAGAAGAGCUCGGAGCCCAACCGCUCAUCGACUUGAUUGCAAAGACUGGGGGCUGGAAUAUCACCGAAGCCUGGGAUAAAGAUAACUUUAUGGAUGUUUUAAAGACAGUCUCUGGACCGUACAGAGCUCAGCCCUUCUUCACUGUGGGUGUCAGCGUGGACCCAAAAAACUCCAACAGCAAUGUCAUUCAGGUUGACCAGUCAGGGCUUUUCCUGCCAUCUCGAGAUUAUUACCUCAAUAAAACAAAUGAGAAGGUGAUGAAGGCUUAUCUGGACUAUAUGGUGGAGUUGGCUUUGUUACUGGGAGGAGACAAGAAUUCCUCUCGGGGUCAAAUGCAGCAGAUUUUGGACUUUGAGACUGCGCUGGCCAACAUCACUGUGCCUCAGGAUGAGCGGCGAGAUGAGGAGAAGAUCUACCACAAGAUCACAAUAGCUGAGCUGCAGGGCUUGGCUCCGGCCGUUGAUUGGCUGGAUUAUAUGAACUCCGCCCUCUCGCCGCUGGAGUUAAAUGAGACUGAGCCCGUGGUGGUCUACGCUAAGGAAUACCUGCAACAGGUUUCAGAGCUCAUCAACAAAACCGAGCGCAGUCUUUUGAAUAAUUACAUGAUCUGGAACCUGGUACAGAAAGCAGCAUCCAGUCUUGACCAGCGCUUUGAGGAUGCUCAGGAUAAGCUACUAGAGAGCCUCUAUGGCACCAAGAAGUCUUGUACUCCACGCUGGCAGACGUGCAUUGGAAACACAGACGACACUCUUGGGUUUGCAUUGGGUGCUCUUUUCGUCAAAGCCACCUUCGACAAGGAAAGCAAAGAAAUUGCGGAGGAGAUGAUCAAUGAAAUCCGCACAGCUUUCAAAGAAGCUUUGGAUGACUUGAACUGGAUGGAUGAACAGACCCGACAGGCUGCCAAAGACAAGGCAGAUGCCAUAUACGACAUGAUCGGAUUUCCAGACUUCAUUCUGGACCCCAAAGAGCUUGAUGACGUGUAUGAUGGGUAUGAGGUCAUGGAGGACAACUUCUUCCAGAACACGAUCAACUUUUACAACUUCUCAGCGCGAGUGAUGGCCGACCAGCUCCGCAAGCAACCAAACAAAGACCAAUGGAGUAUGACCCCGCCCACAGUGAACGCAUACUACAUGCCAACCAAGAACGGGAUUGUGUUUCCCGCAGGAAUCUUACAGGCUCCAUUCUACGCCCAAGAUCACCCCAAAGCUCUGAACUUCGGUGGCAUUGGUGUGGUCAUGGGUCAUGAGUUAACACACGCAUUUGAUGAUCAAGGUAGAGAGUAUGACAAAGAUGGAAACCUUCGACCAUGGUGGCAGAACUCAUCAGUCGACGCGUUUAAGAACCGCACUGAAUGUAUGGUGGAUCAGUACAAUCAGUACACCAUCAAUGGAGAGCAUAUUAAUGGAAAACAGACACUGGGAGAAAACAUAGCUGACAAUGGAGGCUUGAAAGCUGCUUAUCAUGCGUAUAGAUCAUGGGUGCAAAAGAACGGAGGAGAGAAAAGACUCCCAGCUGUCAAUCUGACCAACGACCAACUCUUCUUUGUGGGUUUUGCACAGGUGUGGUGCUCAGUCCGAACUCCAGAAAGUGCUCACGAGGGUCUGAUGACGGACCCCCACAGUCCACCCAAAUACCGUGUGAUCGGCACUCUGUCCAAUUCUCCCGACUUCGCAGAGCACUUCCAGUGCCCGCUGGGGUCUUCCAUGAACUCAGGGCAUCGCUGUGAGGUGUGGUAAACCGUUACCCAGAAGACACCAGGGGCCACCAGCUUACUCGCACAGACCAGCCUGGCCAACAAAUCUGAAUGGACAGUUUUGGCUCUUUCUCAAGCACAGUUUUUUUAUUUAUGAGCUCAAAGUCAUACAAGGAGAAAGCGAGCAUCUGCCAAUUUUUAGGUUCUUCUGUGUUUUCGGCCGACUGAUAUCUGUUUUUCCUCUACCGCCACACCACGUUUUAUUUAUUCCUUUGCGGAAGUUGGGGGACAACUAAGGGGACAAUCCGUGCGUCCAGUGCAUAUGUGUGUUUCCGUCCUUCAUUCCGUUUACAACAAGCUUGAUUUCUCGCCGUCUGAGAUGGAGAACAUGAACAUUGUGAUGCCACUGGGAGUCCCUCAUUGUGACCUCACAGGAAAUGCGUCGGCUCCACCUGUGAUGAUGACUUCAAAGGAAGUUCCAUAAUCUCGUAAUGACCUCACAGGAAGUGCUGAACGACAAUUGUGCCCCCGACAGGAAGUUCUUUCAAGGAUGAAAGUGUGUUUUUCGAUUGCUUUUAUGAAUGACGGGGAUAGCCACUGUUUGUUCAUCCCACCUGUGUGUGUGGUGUCAUGUUUAGAUCCAGACAAAGUUGAAAUGAAGUGUUCAUUUUAAACUGCUUGUUGCCAAAGAACAAUUUCGGUUUUGUUCCUUGCGUAGGUGAAAGUGGAAAUCCGCACUGCUUUGCCUUCAUUAGAAUUCUUUUUUUUGUGUUAUCACUGUGUUUGUCUUAAAUCAUGUGAGGGUGAGACUGUGUGAUGUUUUUCUGUGUAAAUGUGUCUGUAAAGUAAGACGUCUGUUGUCUGCCUUGUGCAGAACUUUGUCAAGUCUACUGAAGUGCUAUCAUAUAUUCUGAAAACCACUAAAAGGGUGAAUCGCAAGGUGAAAUUCACCCCAAAAUCAAAUGAAACAAAAGGAAUUAUAUUUUGCGUAAAGAAAAUUGGACAUUUUUGUUGGAUCAUUAAGACUUUUGCAUUGUGACAUUAUUUUUAAGACAAGUACAUUUGUUGUUAGUUUUAUUAAGUUUUUUUCUCCUCCAGAUUCUUACUUUUUUCAUGUUAUUUUUAUUACAUGACUACAUAUUAAAGGCAUAUUAUUAUGACUUUCUGUAAUAAAAAUGAUGCCACAAUGCGGGAAAAUGUAUCCAGUUUAGUCAAAAUAUAGAUAAGACAUACUUUUCUUUUUUAAAUUAUAUUGUUAACUGUUUCUUUGAUGUUUGCCCUAACAGUUGUACCUUCUGCUAAACGUCCCGGCACCAUUAAAAGUGUUUCAGGGUGUUGCAUCAAAGAUGUAUUAUUUGAACGUUUCAGGUUAGAUUUUUGCUGUAUGCAGAUUACCCCUCAUCAUUUUUUGACCCUGAGCGUACAGUAUAAUGUGAUUGAACUGCGGAUUAAAGUGUCUGACAUCUUGCUUUGUGACAAAGAAUCUGGUUAAUGUGGAUUGCCUGAUUUUAACUCCAAUUCCAUCUAGUUUUUGUUGUUUUUUAUUAUUAUUGUUCGGCAUAUCUCCCUGAAAUUUUACCUUAAGUCUUUUUCUAUAGAGGUUUGCAUUGAUGAUGUAUUGUACGCCAUCAGACUGAAUGGCUCAGACUUUGUCAUAUAUUUCUUAUAAAUUAUACAUAUUUUCUGUGGUGUUAAUGUUGUUGGGCUUCGUAAGGAAUGCGAGGUAGUGUCAGGUGCCAGGAUGAUUUAGAUUCGGCCUUAAUUUUUAAAAGUAUAGAUGUGUGGAAUGAGAUCUACAGGACAUAUGUAGUCUUAAAUAUACUAGACUUCAAGUUUAAAAGUCAAAUGGAAACUUGAAAUGUUAAGUACUAGCCAGUACAUGCCAUGAAGUGUGUUAUUUACCUGCUUAUUCACGAUUUCAAUCACAAAUACCAAGUUGCAUAUAAAAACAAUACGGGUUCAGACCUGAUAAAGUUUCUGUUUGUAUUCAUUUUACUGGAUGAAAGCCAUUUUUUAGGUUGUGGCUUGAUGGAAUGGAGGUAUCGGUAAUAUUCUGACCCUAACACUCAGUGUCCAAGAAGAUAAAAUCAUAGAUGUGAUUGAUUAUUUUUCUGAAUGUCAUUAAAUGUGCCACAUACAGUACAUGGCGUUGAUAUGGGACAGAGCAGGCUGAUAGCGUCCACCCUGUUGCCGUUUGUUGCUGAAGUUGUCCGUUGCCUUGCUUUCUUUUUUUCAAUUAUGAAGAUUGUUGCCUUAUUUAAUUUAUAAUGUACAUGCACAUUUAAUCAACUGGUGUUUGUUUUCAUGUCUCACUUGUACUGCUGGCAUUGAUGUUUGAGAGAUUACACUGUCCUUGUUGUGUUUUUCUUUUUUUAAUGACUGCAUUCCCUGAUAUAUUAGUUGACAGGACAAGAUGCUCUGCCAGUUGUGUAGUGCAAUGUUCCACCUAGACAAAUGUCAAUCCAAUAAACGAUAUAUAUUAUA